AUGAGGAGGAAGACAGAGGGAGAGGAAAGAGCAUGAGCCAGGGAAGGGGGCUUUGAGUUGGAGGGGAGUCUGCAAGGUGGGUGAGGACCCCAUGCUUUGCCAGGGCCCCUGGCCAGCUGCCAGCUGCCAGCUCACAGGGCCAGUGCCCCACCCCCAGGAACCUCCCCCACUUUCAAUCUGGGAGCUGUUUCUACUUGUAGGAGAAUGUGGCCUCUGGACAUCCCUGGAAACCGAGGCUCCAGGCCCCGCUACAGCCCUGCCUCAGCUCCCGUUACCAGGAAACUGGGGGGAAGGCAUUUCCUGCCUGGAGGUCUUGGCAGCUCCCACUGCCAUGGAGACCAGCGUGGAAGCUGGGAGGGCCUCCGUCUCCUCCCACUGCUCUGCCCCAGCCAGCGGGAGGAAGAGGAGGCCAAGGGCCUGGACAACUGCAGGAGCCCAGCUCCAAGGAUGGACAAGUAGGGGCCUCAGCCUGGGCCCACCUACCCACCACCCACGGAUCCACCCCCACACACUACACCUCCCAGCAGGGCCUGAACCCUGAAUAGAUCUCAGCCCCAGGCCCUUCCUUAGCUGGAAGUCGGGGUACCAAAGCCCUACAUCUGUCUCCUCCCCCCGCAGCCAUGUUUAUCACGGUGAUGUUUGGAGCUGGCUGCCGGGAGCUGGUGAACCCGUGGUGCAGCCUGGUGACUCUCACUGCCCACCUACGGCAGAGGGGGCGGGUGCCUCCAGAUGCAACCAUCGCCCUCCUGGCUGAGGAUGGGCACCUGGUGAGUCUGGGCAGUGACCUGGAGGAGGGGGCUUCCCAGGCCCCCUCCUCCGGCAGCCCCCUGCUGCAGGAGCGUGGGACCUAUGUCCUCGUUCGAGUCAUUCCUCCUCCACCCACAGAUGGGGAGGGCGGGGCCCCCACUCGCUAUGAGUCCCUCCUGGAGAACCUGGAUGCCCGGUGUCCAGAGCUGGCAGCCGGAGGAGACGUACUGGCACUCGCACUGGCACUCGGCGUGGCCACCAGGACCAAGGCCCUCCUUCGAGGUCCCAAAGGCUGGGCUCCCUGCUGUCCAGGCCCCGCUAGCGGGGGCCAGAAGCCAGGAUCAGGCCCAGACAGACAGCAGCCCAGCAGCAUUCCUCUUACGAAACCUGGAAUUACUGAGUUGUAUCUGCAAGAGGCGCAAGGUCACAGACAGGCUGUGAGGCUGCUGGGGACCCCUCCGAUGUGGGCGCAGAGGCAAGAAAGGUGGAGGGGCAGGCAUCCCUGGGAGAGUAGACAACUGGGAAUUCCAGCUCCCAGAGCCAGACGCCUUUUAGGUCACCUGCUAAUGCCUCACUGCCCGCUCUGACGGCUCAAGGCUGUGGGAUUACCAUAGGG